GUAGUUGUAUAUUAUAUUCGCAAAACUCCAUAGAAAGAGAGAGAAACAAUGGCGUCGUCAAGCAGCGGUCUAACAUUCAAGCUACAUCCAUUAGUAAUAGUUAAUGUAUCAGACCAUUAUACUAGGGUUAAAUCUCAAGCUUAUCAUUCACAGCUUAUCGCUGGAGCCAAUGCACCAACAUCGUCGUCAUCCCCAUCAUCAUUAGAAUCACCAAGAGUAUUUGGUUGUGUUAUUGGUACACAAACUGGUAGAACUGUUGAGAUCUUUAAUAGUUUUGAACUAUUAUAUGAUCCUCAAACUGAUUCUCUUGAUCGUGCUUUCCUUCUUAAGAAAGAAGAACUCUAUAAGAAAGUUUUCCCAAACUUCUAUAUACUUGGUUGGUACUCAACUGGAAGUGAUGCCCACGAAACAGAUAUGCAGAUUCAUAAAGCUUUGAUGGAUAUCAAUGAAAGCCCAGUUUAUGUUCUUCUCAAUCCCACCAUUCAUCACGCGCAGAAGGAUCUUCCAGUGUCUAUCUAUGAAAGUGAACUGCACGUCAUUGAUGGAAUUCCACAGCUAAUCUUUGUUCGUGCAACCUACACUAUUGAGACUGUUGAAGCAGAACGAAUCUCAGUCGAUCACGUAGCACACAUCAAACCAUCUGAUGGAGGUUCAGCUGCAACCCAAUUGGCUGCACAUCUUACAGGAAUACACAGUGCCAUAAAGAUGCUUAACAGCAGAAUUAGAGUUCUUAAUCAGUAUCUUGUAGCCAUGCAAAAAGGUGAUAUUCCGUUUGACAACUCACUGCUCAGGCAGGUUUCUAGUCUCUUACGAAGAUUGCCAGCCAUUGAAUCGGGAAAAUUCCAAGAUGAUUUCUUAAUGGAAUACAAUGACACUCUCCUGAUUACAUACUUGGCCAUGAUAACUAACUGCUCGAGCACUGUGAACGAGGUUGUCGACAAAUUAAAUGUGGCAUAUGACAGACAUAGUCGGAGAGGAGGAGCCAGGAGUGCCUUUAUUUGAAAGCUCGUCGUACGGUUUAAUAUGUUCUUAGUUGAGUCAGAGGUUAUAUUUGUGGUGGUAUACUAUUUCACGGUCACUGUGAACAAUUGAAAAGAACUUUUGGGGGUUGAUAAUCUUGUAGGUUGUCCCAUUUCUGGUCAUAUUCUGCAAUAUGCAGGAGGGAAUUGGUAUAUUAUACUUUGGGCUGUGAGUUUUGGUUUGUAACCCCACAUUUUGCAGCAGUGCGUACAGUAUGAUGUGCAUGAUAUUAAUAGGGCAUUGCUUUUUAACAAGGUCUUAACUUUUGGGCUA